AGGAGAGGCUUCUAAUUGGCAAGGAAAAGAAUUGUUUUUGCAGUUUUGAAUAAAUCAUUAUAAACAGAGAGAGAGCGAGAGAGAGUAAUAUCAGCAAAAUACGAAAAUAUCCCUAUGAGAGCUUUAGUUCAUGACAACUGUACUUGCCACAGUGUGUGCACCUAUCAAAUGCAAAUGAAGUGAGUAAGGACUAAUUUAUUUGGAUAGCAACAGUAUUAUAGUGCUCUGAGGACCAUGAAAAACAAUUAUGUAAAUCUCCACAUGUGAUUCGUUGGUGAUAAUGUUGAGAGAAAAAGCUCUUCAUGUCUCUACUGGGGUGAACAUUAGGAAUACCAAAACGACCAAAACACACAUUCAAAAUAGUACCAUACAAUUUUUCCAUGCUAUUUUUGAAAACUCGUUUUUCUGGCAACACAAUCUUAAAGCAUUAUGAUAUUUUCGAGUAUAUUUACCAGACAUUUGACAUCGUUGCUUCAUUAUCUCCCUGCGAGUCGAACAAUCAGUACGGAAAUUUAACUUUUUUUAUUUCGAGCUUCAAGAGCGUACAGUGUGAAAAAUGAUAUUACUAUUUCUGGCUUCUAUUACCGUGAUCACGAUUAUCUACUACAUCAUCAACAUAGUACUAUGGAUCACGCUCGAUUGUGAUGUGGAGUUAUUUGUUAAGAGCAAAUUUGGAAAGAAAUUAUCAACUCUGAGCGGCAAAGUUGUGUGGAUUACAGGAGCUUCAUCUGGAAUUGGCCAGAGCCUUGCUCAUAUCCUUGCUGCCAAUGGAUCGAAAUUAGUUCUCACGGCGAGACGUGUACCCGAACUAGAGAAAGUUAAAGAGCAAUGUCUCAUCAUUUCUGGUGGAAAACUCAAAGAGAGAGAUAUACUAAUCAUGCAGAUGGAUAUGCUAGAGAUUAACCGGCAUGAGGAAUUUUUCCAGCGAGUUAUAAAACAUUUUGGUACAUUCAAUAUUCUUGUGAAUAAUGCUGGAAGGUCCCAGAGAGCAGCGUGGGAAGAAAUUGAUCUUUCAGUAGAUCGAGCGCUCUUUGAUCUUGAUGUCUUCAGUGCGGUAAAUCUUUCCAGGAUGGCUGUAAAAUAUUUCUUGAACAACGGAAUCGAAGGACAGAUUGCUGCAAAUUCUAGUGUGGCAGGUCUAAUGGCAAUCCCCAAUUCGGCCACUUAUGUUGCCGCCAAACACGCUAUUAACGGCUACAUGCACGCUUUGAAGCUGGAGCACCCCUAUAUCAAGACAUCAAUUUUCUGUGCUGGGCCAACAUUCUCAGAAUUCUUACAUGAAGCAUUUACAAACAAGGUGGGUGAGAAAUAUGGACAAUCAGUAAAAGCAUCGGACAAGAGAUUGACUGCUGAGAGAUGUGCGGAACUUUUUGCUGUGGCUUUGGCCAAUGGGACCAAUCUUAAUUGGGCUGGGUGCUUUCCUUUCUCUUUUCUCCUUUAUUUGAAGUACUAUCCUAAUCUGUAUAAUAUCGUGAUAAAACUACUUGGCUCCAAGACUCUCUACAAAAUUCGCGACAGCAAGUGAGACUUUGAUUACCUCAUCCCAAAACAGAACCAGAAAUCUCAUUUUUAUGCAUUUAACCAGUUGUUUAACGAUCUUAAGCAAAUAAAUAUUAUCUUUCCCAAAAUCAGCUCCAAUAAUCGUGAUUGUCACGCAUCUUUUUUUACAUCAUAUCAAAAAUGAAAACAUUCAUGAUUUAAGAUUCAAGAUCACGAUCGUGACUACAUAUGUGGGUAUAUAGUCCAACACACCUACAAGGCAAUCACGGA